AUGUCCCAAGUACCCAAGCCCCAGGUACCAUGCAACAUCACAGAGGAGACGCACUGUGGGACGCACACGGAGCUAUCGCAGCUCUUCAGUGAUGAUGACAAAAUCAUAGUUUCUAGCAAAGGUUUCCAGUCUCCAUCGCACAAGCAACAUGCAGCAUAUGGUAUCCAAGAAGCUGCAGAGUAUUAUAGGAAGUUAUUCCAGGAAACCCUGGUUACGUUGAGGGAGAAGCUUGAAGCAACUAAGAGCUUACUGGCUGAAGAGCGAGAGAGAAUGGCGAUGAUUCAGGAAGAAGAGCAGAGGUUUAAAAAGAUGAUUGAGACCCAGUAUAAGAUGCAAUUCCAGUUACUGACUGAAGAGAAGGAGCUGCCGUUUCUGAGACUGCCGGCCUACAAAGUUGACCUGAACUUAAAUGAACCUAAUCAGGACCAGCUGAUGAAGUGUGGUACAGAGCUCAUGCUGAAGUCCCGAGAAAUGCUACAGAGACUUAGCCACCUGGGGAGAGAGAACAUGCGCAAACUGAAGGCGAGCGAAGCCUGGCUUUGUGAGCACCUCUGCAGCCUCCAGAAGAUCAUCACAGACCUAGAGAAGGACUGUGGAGAAUGUGCAGCUGCACUGCUCCAGAAUGCAAAGUACUAUUUAAAAAGGAGUAAAUCUAUACUGCUUCAGAGCCUAGAGCCAGCUCAGAUAACAGACCUGAGUUCCUGCCAGAUAAUCAGAACAAGCAGUGUUCUACAAAGAUUCCAAAGGCAUAUUACUUUGGACCCAGACACAGCUCACCCCACCGUAGUCUUAUCUGAAGACCUGAGAAGGAUGGGAUUUGGAGAGACACCAAAAACUGGGCCGAGCACUCCAAGGAGAUUGGACUUCGGCGCUUCUGUGUUGGGUGCAGAGAGCUUCAGCUCAGGGAGACAUUAUUGGGAGGUGGCUGUGGGACAGGCAACCCAGUGGCAGGUGGGCAUAUGUGACUGUCCAGAGAGAAAGGACAGCAUUCCUAAGGCUUCUGGAGAUAAAGUCUUGCUCAUGGGGUCCAUGAUGGGAGCUGAUUGCACCCUCUGGGUCUUUCCCCCUUUAAGAAAGGUCUUCCUGAGAGAGCAAAUGUACAAAGUUGGAGUCUUCCUAGACUAUGAAUGUGGGCAAGUAUCAUUCUACAACGUGACAGAGCAAUCCCUCAUUUACAGUUUCUCUGACCUUACCUUCCGAGGAGCAGUUAAACCAAUAUUUUCUCUUUGUAUUCCAAAUGGAGACAUGAGUUCAGACUCUCUCACUGUCUGUCUCCCUCAGACUCAGCCCUGA